AUGGCACCUUCGAAACCAUUCACAGCCAUCAUAAUCGGUGGCAGCGUCGCUGGAUUAACGCUGGCCCACACGUUUGCACGUGCAAACAUAGAUUAUGUCCUCCUAGAAGCGCGAGACUCACUGGCACCGCAACUAGGAGCUGGUAUCGUGAUUAUGCCCAAUGGCUGUAGAAUUCUGGAUCAGAUGGACUUGUUGGAGACCAUGAAGGAGUUUAUGACGCCGAUGGCGCUGUAUUAUAGACGGAAACGGAGUGGUGAAGAGAUGGGUGUUGCGGAUUGGCCUUUACGUGUUUCAAAGAGGUUGGGAUAUCCAUGUGGUAUUUCGGAAAGACAGAUGUUCCUGGGGAGUAUGUAUGAGCAGUUGAAGGAUAAAAGUAAGAUUUUAUUGAGGAAGAAAGUUGUUAAAUUUGAGCAUGGGGAUGAGAGUGUCACAGUACACUGUGAGGAUGGGAGCUCAUUCCAAGGCGACUUGGUCAUCGGUGCUGAUGGGGUACAUUCGAAAACUCGCGCCGAGAUGCAGAGGAUUGGUAACGAAAAGGAACCCGGAAUCAUGGAUAGGGAUUUGAAUCGCAUUUCAGCAGGUUACAACGCCAUAUACGGAAUUUCCCCUGCCCACGAGACACUAAAUCCAGGCGACUCUCAUGUAGCAUCCGACAUUGAUCAUUCUUCUCUAGCAUUCGUAUCCAACCAUGGCAUCACACAAUGGUUCUUCUUCUCUAAACUCGAUCGAAACUACAAGGGUUCCUCCAUUCCCAGAUUCACCAGAGAGGAAAUGGAGGCUCAAGUAGAAAAGCACAAAGACUUUCAUUUCACCGAAAAGGUGACGUUAGGAGAUUUGAUGAAGACGACGACGAGUUUGGGUCAUGUGGCGCUUGAGGAGGCGAAUCAUGAGCAUUGGUCGUAUGGGAGGAUUGUGUGCGUGGGAGACGCUAUUCAUAAGAUGACUCCUAAUAUGGGCCAAGGUGGAAACCAAGCAAUCGAAUCCUCCGCGACCCUAACAAACCUCCUCCAUGCCCUCCUCGCCAAACACCCAAAGCCCAAAACAGCAGACCUAAAACCCGUAUUACAAGAAUACCAAGACCAGCGUCUCGCCAGGACACACUUGAUGAUUCGUCUCUCUGGGUUGAUGACGCGAGAUCAAAGUCUCGCUAACCUGAACUACACGCUCAGAUUUUUGUACUUUCCACAGCCAAGUUCGGAGCUUUUUACUGAAAUUAAUACGGAACUUUUCACUUCUGGACCGUAUUUGGAGUUUCUUCCUAAACCACAAGUCACAAUAGGGAAUCAGUAUUGGGAGAAGGAUGAGCAGGGUACGGAUGGUGUUAGAGCUCGGUAA